AGAGCCUGUGCAGCAGUGCAGUAUAAUGGGAGCGCAAGCAACCCAGAGCGCCUCAUAGGGGGCUGUAUAUCGCUGCUGUAUCCUCUGCUUGGCGCUCUCUCUCGCCCCUCUCCAGUAGCUCACCUCCAGUCCAUGCUCGGGCUCCCCCCCUCCUCUUUGGAUCCGUACCCUUCGACAUGGACGUCCCGCCGUCCCUCGACCCGGAGGAUUGUUGUUUCUUGGCGCAGUGAAGGAGGAGAAGGGGAAGGGGAAGAAGGAAUCAUGCCGGGACUGCUAAUGGAUUUAGGGAAAGCGCAAGUGACCAUGCCGUGAUCUUGCGCAUCCAGGGCCGCCGUCACCCUGCCUUGCCCAACGUCCGUAGAAGAAUCACGGGGGAAUCGAACCCGCGCACCGGGUGGAUUAAAACCACUGUGCAUUUUUUCAAAACAACAUGAAGAUUACCUCCCAUCAUCUGAUGAUAACCAGUCUCGUUUUCAGGUCCAACCUCAGGCUGAUCCCGCUUCUGCUGCUGUUUCUUGGUUACUCUCGCGGGAUGCCGCACGUUUUAAGAUUUGGAGGAAUAUUUGAAUCCAUUGAGAGCGGCCCCUCCGGAGCAGAGGAACUAGCCUUUAAAUUUGCCUUGAACACAAUCAACAGGAACCGCACCUUGCUCCCAAACACCACACUGACCUAUGACAUCCAGAGAAUAAACAUCUUCGACAGCUUUGAAGCCUCCAGGAAAGCAUGUGACCAGCUCUCCCUUGGGGUGGCUGCCAUUUUCGGCCCCUCACACAGCUCAUCGGCCAAUGCAGUCCAGUCCAUCUGCAAUGCUUUGGGAGUGCCCCACAUCCAGACCAAGUGGAAGCACCAAGUGUCUGACAACAGAGACUCGUACUAUGUCAGCCUGUUCCCCGAUUUCUCCUCCCUCAGCAGAGCCAUCCUCGACCUGGUGCACUUCUUCAAGUGGAGAACGGUCACUGUUGUCUAUGACGACAGCACAGGUCUCAUUCGACUGCAGGAGCUGAUCAAGGCACCGUCACGAUACAACAUUCGUUUGAAGAUUCGACAGCUGCCCACAGAAACCAAGGACGCUAAGCCACUUCUGAAAGAGAUGAAGAAGGCGAAGGAGUUUCAUGUCAUCUUUGAUUGUGGACAUGAGAUGGCAGCCUGGAUCCUAAAACAGGCCCUGGCCAUGGGUAUGAUGACAGAGUACUACCAUUAUAUUUUCACUACCCUGGAUCUUUUUGCCCUCGAUAUGGAACCAUACCGCUUCAGUGGAGUCAACAUGACGGGGUUCCGCAUCCUCAACACAGAAAACUCUCAGGUGUCGUCAAUCAUCGAGAAGUGGUCAAUGGAGCGACUACAAGCCCCGCCCAAGCCGGACUCAGGCCUGCUGGAUGGAUUCAUGACGACGGACGCGGCUCUGAUGUACGAUGCCGUGCACGUGGUGGCGGUGGCAGUGCAGCAGUCGCAGCAGAUCACCGUCAGCUCCCUGCAGUGCAAUCGACACAAGCCAUGGCGCUUCGGGGGGCGUUUCAUCAGCCUCAUCAAAGAGGCGCACUGGGAUGGCUUGACAGGACGUGUUCUCUUCAACAAGACCAAUGGACUGAGGACAGAUUUUGACCUUGAUGUCAUCAGUCUGAAGGAGGAGGGGCUGGAAAAGAUUGGAACGUGGGAUCCUCCCAGCGGUCUGAAUAUGACAGACAGUCAUAAAAGCAAGACGUCCAACAUCACUGACUCUCUGGCUAACAAAUCCCUGCGUGUCUCCACCAUACUGGAGGAGCCGUAUGUGAUGUUUAAGAAGUCAGACAAGCCUCUGUAUGGGAACGACCGUUUCGAGGGUUACUGUAUCGACCUGCUGAGGGAGCUCUCUGGCAUCCUGGGCUUCCGCUACGAGGUGCGGUUGGUUGAGGAUGGGAAGUACGGUGCACUGGAUGAGGGCGCAGGCCAAUGGAACGGCAUGGUGCGAGAGCUCAUGGACCAUAAAGCGGACCUGGCAGUGGCUCCUCUAGCCAUCACCUACGUCAGGGAGAAGGUCAUUGACUUCUCAAAGCCCUUCAUGACGCUGGGGAUAAGUAUCCUGUACCGCAAGCCCAACGGCACCAACCCUGGAGUCUUCUCCUUCCUCAAUCCCCUCUCGCCUGACAUCUGGAUGUAUAUUCUGCUGGCUUGCUUGGGUGUCAGUUGUGUGCUGUUUGUCAUAGCCAGGUUUAGCCCUUACGAGUGGUACAACCCGCAUCCAUGCAAUCCCGACUCGGAUGUAGUGGAAAACAAUUUUACGCUGCUCAAUAGUUUCUGGUUUGGAGUUGGGGCUCUCAUGCAGCAAGGCUCAGAGCUCAUGCCCAAGGCCCUGUCGACUCGAAUAGUGGGAGGCAUCUGGUGGUUCUUCACCCUCAUCAUCAUCUCCUCAUACACGGCCAACCUGGCAGCCUUCCUCACAGUGGAGAGGAUGGAGUCGCCCAUAGACUCAGCCGAUGACCUGGCAAAGCAGACCAAGAUCCUGUAUGGGGUGGUGGAGGACGGGGCCACCAUGACAUUCUUUAAGAAAACAAAAAUCUCCACCUAUGACAAGAUGUGGGAGUUCAUGAACAGCAGGAGGCAGUCUGUGAUGGUGAAGAACGUGGACGAGGGCAUCCAGCGCGCCCUGACCUCCGACUACGCCUUCCUCAUGGAGUCCACCACCAUUGAGUUUGUCACCCAGAGAAACUGCAACCUCACACAGAUCGGCGGGCUCAUAGACUCCAAAGCAUAUGGAGUGGGAACACCAAUGGGAUCUCCGUACAGAGACAAGAUCACAAUAGCCAUUCUGCAGUUACAGGAGGAAGGGAAGCUGCACAUGAUGAAGGAGAAGUGGUGGAGAGGAAACGGCUGUCCCGAGGAGGAGAGCAAAGAGGCCAGCGCGCUGGGGGUGCAAAACAUCGGCGGCAUCUUCAUCGUGCUGGCUGCAGGACUGGUGCUGUCGGUGUUUGUGGCUGUUGGGGAGGUCCUUUACAAGUCCAAACAGAACGCCCAGCUGGAGAAGCGAUCCUUCUGCAGUGCUAUGAUGGACGAGCUGCGUGUCUCUCUAAAGUGCCAACGCCGCCUCAAACAGAAGCCUCAGCCGCCCGUCAUUGUCAAGACAGAGGCGGUCAUUAACAUGCACACCUUCAACGACAGGAGACUCCCAGGAAAGGAAACCAUGGCAUGAACGCUGGGCAAACCCCUGAAAAAAGAAAAUACAAAAAACACCCCUUCAAUUUAAACCAAGGAGGGGCGGCAGGGGUCCAAUCAAUGCUGACUUAACCACAGACGGAGGUUAGCAGUCUAAACAGGAUUCUGUUGAACCCACUUGCUUAUGUAGACAGAUGUUUCCUGUGGAAAUAUAGAUACCUGAGCAGUGUCACCUCACUGUAACGUUCACUUUUAGAAAGAUGCUGGAAAGGAUGGACUCUAAAGUGUGUAAAUUGAAAAGAGGAUUGCAGCAGUUUUGGAGACUAAAAACAAGUCUGGUCCACACUAGAAGUGGAUUUCAUACAUAACACACACAUAUAUGCACAUACAAACACACACUCAUCCGACACACCUGUGCAGACGGGGAAACUCUUAUUGUGACAGUAACACCAGAUGUAGUUUUUCUGUUGAUGUCAAUGCCCUUUUGUCUUACCUCCAUGUGUGUGUGACCCCAUCAGCCCCUCCCACCAGUGGCUUGAGUUUCUUUUCGAAUGAUUUAAAAAUGAUAAUCUCUCUCCAACAAAGGGAACAGUAGUCAGUGCCAAAUGGUUUACUAUAAACCGAUGUAUAAAAGUGACGUUUAGUUUGGGAUCAUCUAUGCUGACCUUGUCAAAUACUCGUUUUCUUCUGUAACGCCUUUCUCGUGCCAAAGUUCUGCCAUUGUAAAGAACUUUUUACAUGCCUAUUAUGUUCAUUCAAAGCCUCUACAAGCAAUGUAAACUGUCAAAGUCCUUAUUCAUGUCCGUCCUCACACGCAGUCUGCAGUUUUCACUCUGUAUCAGUUGUUGUUUAAAAUGCAGGAUUUCUACAAAAAUGUUGUUUUUGUACAAGAACAAGAAGUUUUGUAGUACUUUGUAUCAUGGUAGCCCCCUCCUGUGGACAAAAUAUGUAGCAGAUACCAACUCAGCCCUCAAACUCUGUCACCUGUUGGCUAUCGGGCUUCAGACUCUGCUGUGUAAGGAUCAUUUCUCUCAUCAUUCACAGACUCAGUCUUUUUCUGUCGGUAUCGUGGGGCCAGCUGUGCGUACUCUCUGGGGACAAUGUGGUGGGGUUUUUUUUUUCUUUUUGAUGGAUAAGAACAAUAAAACUGUAAACAUUUCAGUGGUGCUCAUUGAAGAGAAAGGCGGUGACUCAUUCUUGAAACUGGAACGGUCCUUUCAGCAAAGUCCUUCUGACAACAAGUAGCCAUGAUGAGUCACCAUGAUAGACGUAGUAAAGCAAAGAAGUGUUGCUUCUGUUGAAGAUAAACAUAAAUGAGUUUCCAGGGAACCUUGUAGGUUUUGACAAGUAUUGAACCCUGAAGUCUCUUCUGAGAUUUGCAGCAAGGCAUUAACUCUGCACAAGAAGAAAAAAUGUGACUCAUUUGUAGAAAAGGAUUGAAACCAUUGACAGUAUAUUAAUAUGGACAGCACGCUUCCAUUACCUCCCAUUGUAAGUAGGGAAGACUAACUUAUUGUACUGAAUGAGAAGCUAUCUGGCUGUGGGAGUUGCAGGGCAAGACCCCUCAGUUUAGCACAGUCCACAGCAGAACAGAUUAUUGUUUUGAUUUGAAGCUGACACUCAACAUUAUGGAAAGCUCAGUGACUCAAUCAUGAUGUCACUUCCCCCCUCUUUAACAUCAAAUAACUAAUUAAAACUAAAUUUCUCCAAAGAUUGAACACUUGCACAAAAAUUCACAUGAGAAGUAACUAACUGUAAUGACAGGAACAACAUUUGAGAAAAAAAUAUUUGAUGUGUAUUUCCAUUUUUUGGUUUGAUCCAUGUCCUAUUGGUUGUAAUGGGGAAGGUGGGCUUUAAGACCCCUACUGCAGCCGGUUUCGGCCUCACUUUGGGAGAGCUGUUGUGAUGUCCGUGUUAAUACAGUCUAUGAUUGAAACCAGUUAGCCUGUGAACUAAAUAAAUUUGCUAACUCCUCUUUAAUGUUUUGGCAGAUGGUCUCUUCCUGUUCCAACAGAUUUCUAGCUGACGUGAUUUAGGUAGGACCAAUCCUCAUUAAUGCACCCUUGAGACAUUUCUCAACGACCAAUCUGCAUCAUCAUAAACAGAUGAGAUAACAGCUCAAGCUCAGACGUGUUAAGUGUUGGCUACCAAAUCAUGUCAUGCCAAAGGUCUUAGAAAAUGUUAAACUAGAAACCAAAUGAGUAAAAUGUUUAAAACUAGCUGCUUAUAAAAAAUCUACACCAUAUGUGAUUUGUUGUAGCAGCCAGAGGAAUUUCAGUCCCCCCAUAUAGGUUGCACAUUUUAGAAUAUAUAAAUAAAGAAGUGGUUUAAUGGGGAAGUGGUCUAGUGAUGCUAGGCUGGAACUAGUUGAGUUGGCCUGAGAAAAUAAAGUUUAAAAAUCGCAAGGAAGUUGCAGAUUUUGUUUGAGAAAAAUACUGCGUUUUAGAACUCACAACUGGAAUAAAGAAUAAGGGGCGCACCACAUAUACAGAGGCUCGUUGCAACCCUUGUUGCAGCAGUUGCGGGUUUGCCUGGACCAUUUGCUGCAUGUCUUCACCAACUCUCUGCUCACCACAUUUCCUGUCUCUCUUCAGCUGUCCAUCAAAUAAGGCAAAAAUGCAAAAAAAAUAUAACUUUAAAAAAAAGGAAAGAAAGUGAAAUUUUGCUCAGAAAAAAAUUGAAAAAGUUGACUUAAAAAGAAAACAAGUUUAGUUUAGUGGCUGUUCUGAGGCUUUGAGUCUUCUCACAUGAUCCCUAUCACCAAAUCACAUUUUCUCAAUUAACAUGCCAACAUCCCAUUGUCAUCAUCAAAUUUUAAGCCAACAUGGAUUUAAUUUAUUGAGGUCCUCCUAGAAAAUUGAACUAACUGGGAAAUGUAUCUGUACAAGAGAAACGUGACGUAACCAAAGCUACAGAACAGCUACAAGUUUGGACAUUGUUUUUAAACUUUUUAUUUUAGGGUCAGGGAUUCAUUCUGAACCUCACUGAUGGGCGACUUGUGAAUGUAUGUAAUGAGUUCAUCUACUCUAAACCCGAUGAGGGAAUGACGAGCUUUGAGACUCUCAAUGUAAGUUAGCUAAUAAGUGUCUCACCUUUGUUGUCUCACCAGGUGUUCCUCGUGUUUCUCAAGUGGACUUAUGCAUUUAUCCACUAAUUGUCUCCAGAUGUGUCCUCUCUUCAUAAAGAAACAUAAUCACAUUGGCCCCACGACACGUUUUCUCUGUUAUCUCUGUUAUGUUGGGAAAUGACAAGCAUGCUUGGUGGGUUUCUUCUUCAUGUUUCCCGUGUUUCCCACACAAACCUAAACAUCAUUCAACCUGAUAAUCUCGGGAAUUCAGAGAAAACAAACAUCCAAAAGACAGCCAAAGCCUGCAAUGACAUCUCUGCUGUACACAAAUGGAAAGUUAAUGACUCAUUUACGACGACCACAUUAUAAUUGACAGGGAGGAAGACAUAAACCUGAAACUCACUGGCGUUCUACCAAUGCUGCUUGUCAUUCCACGCAUCUGUAUCUCAUGGUGCCAGCUGAAGUGAUUGAAUACCUGGAAACAUUUCUUUGAAACGGCUCCAAAGGCUUUGCUGUCCUGUGGGAAAAACAAAUACGAGCUCAUGGAUAUCAACAUUGAUGCAAGGUUUUACAAAUAUGUCAUUAAAAAUGUCUAAUUGUACCUU